GUGUUCCGAAAACGUGUUGGACCCGAUUGGUAGUCGAAAAAACUCGAAACCUGUAGCUAUCAAAUCGUCGGCUGAAUCACUAUGCAUACAUUCUCGAAUGUGCGAGACGAUCAGUGUUAUAACCUGACUUUUUUUCGUACCUUUCCUGCACAUGAAUUUAGUAUGAGAUGAACUGUCUUAACUGAAAGGCGAAAUCGAGGCACAGUCGAAGCGUUAUAUACAUUGUUGGCCGAUACUUGGAAUCGAUAACCGGUUGCCGUUGGAACCCCUUCAAAUCAUUCUGUUUUUUCUUUUUCGAAAUUAUCACAGUUAGUGUUGUUUGUGUUUUUUUUUUAAUUUUCGCAUCAUGGCGAUUAGUAAAAAAGAACCGGAUAACGGUGUCGUUGAGUUUCAAUUUUAUCAACCGGAAAACAGGACUAAAUGGGAAGCUUUUCGAAAAGCUAUUUACGAUAAAUCGACUAAUCAGUUCCUGGGAAGAACGCCAAAAAGUUGGGGUCAACUAUUAAUUUUCUACUCGAUUUUUUACAUCGUAUUAGCAGCAUUAUUUGCAGUAUGUAUGCAAGGUCUUUUUGCCACUUUAGAUGAUAGACAACCUAGAUGGAAAUUGGGUGAAAGUCUCAUAGGAGAAAAUCCUGGUUUGGGAUUUAGACCAAUAUCUGAUAAAACCGAAGAAGGAUCUCUAAUAUGGUACAAUAUCACCAAUGGCACCACCAUUGACAAGUGGGUGGAUUUAGUUAAUACAUUUUUACAACCUUACAACGCCAACCAAUCAGGUCAAAACUUUGUUUCCUGCAAUUUUGAAAAAGGACCCGGAGAAGAUGAAGUUUGUCGAACGACUUCUAGCACUUUUGGAAACUGUACGCUUGAAAACAACUAUGGGUAUAACUCGUUUUCACCUUGCAUGUUUCUAAAAUUGAAUCGAAUUAUCGACUGGACUCCCGUUUACUACACAUCCACACAACCUGGUAUGCCCAAAGAGUUGUCAGAUCAUUUGGACAAUCUGAAAGCUGCAGGUAAAUCAGAAACCGAUCGUAUGGUCUGGGUGACUUGUAAUGGUAUCGACGAUAUCGAUAAAGAAAAUAUCAAGGGUUUCAGAUACCAUCCACCGGGUUUCGCCAGUUACUAUUAUCCGUAUAAAAACAUCAAAAAUUAUUUGAGUCCAAUAGUCGCAGUUGAAAUACUUGACUUGACACCUAACAUCGUGGUUACAAUAGAAUGUCGAGCAUGGGCAGCAAAUAUUCAAUACAGAACCGGUUUGAACAGAGCCGGCUCGGUGAGAUUUGAGAUACAAGUUGAUGGAGAAUAUAAAGCAACAACCAAACCACCGACUAUAUCUUCAAUACAACAAAAUAAUUCUACAGUUGUACCAACAACAACUACUAAAAUUGAAAAUAGUACCGCGUUUACUUCAUCGCCUACUUCCGUGACGGCUCCUUCUUAGAAUUAUUUCAUUAUUUGAAUAGAGGUUUUCAUUAAAAUUUGAGAAUGAGAAAAAAUAUAUUAAUUAGACGAACUAAAAACCCACAUUGAAUUUUAUUUUUUUUUAACCAUUUACGGCAAAGGAAAGAAAAAAACUUGAAUGCGACGCUUACUUUAUAUAUGAUGAAUAUAUAUUCGAAAGCUCGGAAAUAUAUUAAAAUUAGUACACUUUGGUGUAAUUUCGCCACAAUCCCACUACGAAAACGCUGAAAUCUCACGUUUUAAUGAAAACCUUCAAAAAAAUACUGAUAAAGUCUGCAAAGUUUCUUUUGGUUGUACCAAGUUAUUGUUCUGGUUGUUUUUAAGUUAUUAUAGAAAUAGUUUUUAUAGAUGUAGUGUUACUUUAUGUUGUGAGUCGCGUUAUUUAUAUUUUUUUGUGUGAAAUAUAUAACGUACAUUUGUUGUAACUAUGUCUCUUUAACUCUCAGAUGUACUAGUACGUAAAGUAUCAAAAAUUGAAGAGAUACUCAUAAAGUAAGAUCUAUUUUGAAAUAAAAAAAAAAAAAACAUAAAUGUAGUGAUUUUUAGCGUUUAUAAUGGUGUCAUACAAGCAUUAAGCAUUUUCUUUCACCACAUUCGCUACCCCUCACUUUGGGUACCUAAAUAAAUAAAAGUAGGUACGAAUGAAGUUAAAACUAUACGGGAAAUAAUUAAAAUGUUCUAGCCCAGAAGUUCUCAAACUAUUUUUCUCAAAAAUCACUUUAAAAUUACUUAUUACUCGUUUUAGAGUUGUAGAGCUUCCUGGGGGCGGAUAUGGACCACUUUGGGAAUCACUGCUAGCCAAAUACUGUAUUUCUUUAAACCGUCGAUCCUAUCUUCUUAUCAUUGAAACGUUCAUCGUUGUUUCUUGUACACUUUUUAAUUAAUUUCAAAUUUUCUUUUAUUCGGAAAAUCACUUAUCGAUGUAUAUUAUAAGUGAUAGUGAAUCAACUCAAACUUACUUUGCGAGUAUACCCUAUAAAUUUAUCUAGUCUCUCCAAUAUUCUUAUCAAUUAAAAAAUUUUGUAAGCACAGCUGUCAUGUUUGUUUUGUAAGUGUCCUACCAUGAUGAAAUAUAUCAGUGCCUUAAUGCAAAUCAUCGUAUAUUUUAUUACAUCACUAUUUUACAAGCAUUAAGUGUAAUAACUAAAAUAUUCCAUAUUUUUGCUACAGUAGAAUCUGAAUUUAUCGAAAAAUCAGUCGAUAUUUAUUAAUUUCAUAAUGUACGGUGAGGAUUGUGUAAAAAAAUAUCAAGUAUUCAAUUUAUUUCAUUAUAAAAUUGAAACGUUCUGUAUAUUUAUACAUUAAACCAAUUAAUUUCGACCUACUGAUGGAUAUUUAAAUUCGAUUCACCGCAGUACUUUUUAUGAAAUUAAUAAUUAUUGGACUGCAGUUUAGCAACUUCUGAAUCCACCUAUAUAGUGAUGACCCUAAGGAAUAUGAAUAAUUUCCUCCAUCCUCAUGGUUUUUAAAUAUUUAUUUGUGGAUAAAAUAAUGAAUUUCAUACUAUAUCUACGAAGUCUUUUUUUUUUCAACCUCCGAUCGCUCCGUGCAGACGCUGUAGGCGACUGCGAAGCUCUCGCACUACACAGUCCGCAAUUGUUGACAUUCAGGCGUCAGACGGCGUUGUGUUACAGCCACAUAAACAUAUCUGUCAUUAUUGAAGUCUGAAUUGCCAUUUCAGAUGAUUUUGAUGAUGAUUUGACAGAAUGGUUAAAGAAAACUACAGAUUCACCUUUACUGCUGUGUUUACGGAAUUUUCAGAAGUUUCAAGGUCUCUUUUGUACUCUACUUGAAUUCAUGAAUAUUAAAAAGCUUGUCCACUAGAAGAAAGCUUGAACUACAAGAAGCCGAAGUUAUCGUCUUCAGAGACUGAAGGUAAACAAUGCAAUUGUGAGUGUUGGUGCAGUGGGGCCGUAAAUGUUGAAAUUAAAUGAUUUCAUUUAGUUAUUGGCAGCAUUGAAGUUUUUUUAUACUGAUAAUUAAUGUAGAUAAUAAUUAUUGUUUGGUUGGGUUAGGUUUCCCAACUAUCAGUGAGUCGAUUCAUUGACAAAAUACAAUAGACAGGAAAUAAUGGAUGCACCCAUAAAAUCCCCCCAAAUAAUUUCAAAAGAAA